AGGCUGCCAUGGUAUUUAUGCUAAAUAAGUGUUCUUGUUCUUAGUUUGUAAUCAUCCAUAAUCAAUUAAUCAUCAACAAGAGGGCGAAAGCUUCUUAUGACAUCUCAAGGUCUUCGGUUGCUUCCAGUUUGAGUCUCCUGCACUUAGAACUACCCUAUAUAUACACACAUCAGGGCCCACAUCAAUUGCUACCAUGGUACCGUCAUUAACCAAGAACCCUGUCAGCUGGGCUGUCGAUAAUGUCUUGCUUAUGGGAAGGCCGGGGGACGCUCCGUUUAUCGUAGCUGGUGACAUCGAGGGCUUCUUCUGUCUCUUUAUGAAUACGCUUUUGGAUUUCACGCUGCUCAUAUCGCUAGGGCAGGCGAGCGGACUACACAAACAGUACAUACAAGAAAAGAUUAUACCUGGGGCUGGUUUGGCCUGUUUGCUGGGCAAUCUGUACUACUCGUGGGAGGCCAGGCGGAUCAUGCGCCAGGAGAAGCGACACGACGUCGCUGCUCAGCCCUUCGGUAUCGCCACUCCGUCCCUUAUAGGGUUCUAUACCCUAGUCCUCUCACCCGUUGCCAAGGAAACCGGCGACUCGGAAAUGGGGUACAAGACCUGCCUCAUCCUGUGCCUGGUAACCGGGAUCAUCUAUCUGUUUGGCUUCCUUAUAGGCCCUGUGAUGAUCAAGUGUUUGCCCCAAGCGGCUAACAUGGGUGCGCUGGCGACCGUGGGGCUGAGCAUUCUGGCGGUGCCAUACACGCUGGAGACGUUUGAGAAGCCUUUUCUAGCCAUCAUCCCGUUCCUGUUGUUCUUUCUCAUGGUUUGUGGGCAAGUCAAACUCCCCUUCCGCUUUCCGUACGGCAUGGUAGUGGUGCUAGUGGGUACCGGCCUGGGCUGGGUGCUCCGUUGGAGUGGCAGUUCAGAGUGGAAGGUGACGGGCGACUCCCUACCCUUCGAGUGGUACUAUCCCGAGUUCCACUACGAGUUUCUGUGGGAUGCCUAUCCGCACGCCCUCCGCUUGCUAACUAUAGCCAUCCCCUUAGCCCUGGUCAACGUGGUAAACAUUAUCCAGUGUAUAGCUGUGUCGUCGGACCAGGCUAACGACAAGUUCUGCUCGUGGCACUCGUUCAUAGUGAACGGGGUCAUCACAGCCAUCUGCGCCUUCCUGGGCAAUCCGGUCCCGACCGUGAUAUAUAUAGGACAGCCCACUUUCAAGAAUCUGGGUGCGAGAAGCGCGUACUCGAUUAUCAAUGGGGUGGUUCUGUAUGCGCUGUGUUCUCUGGGGGCGAUAGGGUAUAUCCUGGACUACAUGCCGCAGGAGAGCAUGACCCCGAUUCUGCUGUAUAUUGGCCUGGAUAUCACUGUUAGUGCUAUCACGCAUGUGCCCCGUAACCAUGGUAUUGCCGUGGCCGCUGCGUUGUUACCUGGACUCGCGAAGAUGUCUGGCAUCCAGUUUGAUAGUAUUAUGAAGGCUGUCAACGAGGUUCUCAACGAGCGUACCAAGACCCUCAACCCCGACGAAGCACACCUGCUGGGUUCAAUGGGUCACAUCUCCGACAUAGACGUCAGCACUCACUUCCACGAUUCAUUCUAUCUCAAGGGUAUCAACUCGCUCUCCCAAGGCUACCUGCUCACCAGUAUGAUGCUGGGUGCGCUGGUGGUGUCCUUUGUCGAGCGACGGUGGUUGCAGAGUUCGGCUUAUCUAGCCGUGCUGUCGCUGUGCUCGGGAUUGGGGUUGAUCCAUGCCUGGCGGUUCAAUGAGAAGACGGGUGCCACCGAGUCCUAUAUGAUUGGGGAACACGGAUGUUGGCUUGCGGCCAAGGAGUAUUGCAUUGUCUAUGGCAUCUGUUCGUUUGGAUGCUUUCUGCUGCAGCUGACCCAGAACGUCAGGUUCCGCGCGUCGUUUAGGAACGGUUUUGGUGCCGUGUGUGUCUUCGGCCGACAGCAUUACCGGAAAGGAGAUCGCGAUGAACUGUCUCUAUUACUGGCCGAUGAUACGUCAUUGUUCUACGAUGCAAUGUCACAGAACGGGAUCAACGGUCGCAUAACACCCACAGCGUAAGGUGCUGUUGUAGCGGGCAGAAUCCAGUCUGUAUACACACAUAUCUGCACACCCGUACCUAUACUAUACGUGACAGAUCAUGUGUAUAUACACACAUACAUGCACUACCUAUGCUGUAUUGAACAGAGCACGUAUACACACACACACACACACACACACACAUAUGUAUAUAUAUAUAUAUAUAUUUGUACGGGAGGUGGGAGUACAUGUGGUGGGUGGAGCGUAGGCUAAACAUCCGUAGGUAGAAUCUGUGGCAUUCUAUUUAUAGCCAGUGCACGGGUGUAUAUACUAGCGAGGAGAAUUCGCCGUGUGCGAUCGGAUUGUGCACUCUGAGGCCACUGUCGUGGUGGGCCAAGGUGUUUCUUAGGUAGAAUCUGUGGCAUUCUAUUUAUAGAAGGUACACGGUGUUGCGAGGUAGACGCGUUAGUGGGCUCAUUCUAAUUGGCUCUUGGGCGGGUGUAGUAUACGUUCUUCCAAAUAAUUCCACUGAACUGUCUCGGGGUCGAAGCGAAACUGAGCGGAGGUGAGCUGACUGAGAGAUGCACACAACUCCACAUACGUAUGAAAUUCAUAUCUAGGUGUAGUUGUGGGUGCACGUAUAUGCCUAUGCAUAUAUUCCGUGCCUCCCAUACACAGCUAUAGUGUAAGUGUAUAGUGCCUUGUUUCGAGGUUUAGUGGCAGAGAUGAGACGGGGAGACAGAACGGCAUAGUACGCAUCAGUAGCAUCACAGGGACGGCGAGAGUAUGGGGGCGUCCAGUUUUGUUUGUAUGUAUAGACGUUUCAUAUUGAAAGGCGGUACCAUUCAGGUGUGAGGUGCGGAGAUAUCCAAGCGAUGCACACAGGUGUACUUGUACGGACUACUACUAAAGGACUCGCCAUACGACGAGGUGGGUCGUGUAUAGAACAUAGUGCAUGUAUAUACAUGUAUUUGUAUGUGUAUACGUACAUACAGGUUGAUAUAUGUAGAUAUACGUACAUUCAGAUACGUAUAUAUACAUACUAUCAUUAUAUGUAUACGUACAUGCAACUCAAUAUAUGUAUACGUACAUGCAACUCAAUAUAUGUUUACAUACGUACAAUCAUAUACGUAUUCGCAUAUACAACUCAAUAUAUGUCGACAUACGUACAAUUAUAUACGUAUACAUACAACCUAAUAUAUGUAUAUAUACGUACACUCAUAUACGUAUACGUACAUACAUCCCAAUAUAUGUCUACAUACGUACAUACAUACACGUAUACAUAUACAGCCCAACAUAUGUUUACAUACAUACGUACAAUUGUAGACGUACACAGGCAUGCAGUCACAUGCCACAGUUUGACUAUCUGUCGAAUCUCGACUGAAUUGGCUGGAAGCCAAAGGAGGUCUGGUGGGUGUACAGGGCAGUCCACAACGACACGAUAGAGGAGGAGAGGUGGAAUCAGGAGAAGGCAACGGCAAGAGGAAGUGGCGGUAGGAAUAAGAGUUGGAAUGGAGCGAUCAGAGAUACUGGUCAACGCCCAACAGAUACAUACAUGGAGACGGCCGAUGCGAGAGGGCAGGUGACACUAUUUUGACACUUUGACACGAGGGAGAAGAGCACGGGACAACUGCCAGGUGUCUGUGCGAGAGGUUGAUUCGCCGUACUGUCACUGUGCAUGACUGGAUGACUGGAGUGUGUGCGUUGGAGGAGAGAGAGCGGUACAAUUACUGGAGGUACAAUUACUGGAGGUGCAGCGAGCGGUAUACUCUCUGGAGGUACCGCUGCAUGCAUAAGUCGGACUGUGUACAGAAUGAACGCCUCUAGUCCAACUGGCCUGUGUGUGCUGUUAAGGGGGAGAUUGUUCUAUUUCGGGUACAAGGUUACUACUGGUGCCCGAGACGUUAUCGGUUUGGCCUUUGUUGUUACCGUUGGGCUAUCAGGUGCAAGGUUACUACUGAUGCAUUAAACGUUAACGGUUAAGACGUUAGUUGUUACCGAUAGACUAUCAGGCGCAGUCACGAUGGUUCGGUGGGGAAGACUGACCAGGCGUGUGUGCAGGGGUGCUUCUAUUUGGCCGAAACUCUGUGGGGAAUACGUACACAGCUAAAGAUAUGUGUAUAUGAUGUAUAUAUGUAUAAAUGUACGUAUAUAUGGAUGUAUAUAUUUGCAUAUAUAUAUAUAUAUAUGAUAUAUAUGUAUAAGUGUAUGUAUAUAUGGAUGUAUAUACAUAAGUACAUGCUGUAGGUCCGAGAGGCGGAGAAUUGGUGAAGGGUUGGGACCUUAUUAAGUCCAUUGUAGCUGGUAGUUGCGAGCCAUGUCAAUGUAUUGGACUGAAUAUCUCUGCUGUCGGUACGGGCGAGUAGGAGGUAAUUCAGAGCUAGCCGGUAGAGGUGAAAGGGUAAUUUGAGUAUAAGUAAACGUAAAAAGAAAAAGACAAUAAAGAACAGUUUUAAAAUGAGAACAUUUAU